AUGGAAGUAGGAAGUCUGAAGAGGAUUCAAACACAGAUCGACAUGAACAGAAAAUUUCUCUUUGUGGCAAAUUAUUUAAUUAAGACCAAACAAGAAUCUUAUGUGGGAUAUGUCGAUCGUCGAAUAAAGGAAAAUGAAGUGAAAUUCGACAAGGACGAAUGUAUAUUGAGGGAAUCUAUCAUCAAGCAAAAGAGUCUUAUGCAAUGUUUACAUGAAAAGAAAUCAGAAGGAAAAUGUAAUUUUGGAAAAUACAAUGGUGCUUCGUUAGACGAUCUGGCCAGACGUGUUGAAGCUAAGAUUUUAGAAAAUAAACCAAGAAUUCGUCGACAGCGAACAAUGGAGUCAUUAAUCAAGGCGGGGUUGUGUGAUGGCCGAAUCAUUUCAGAAAAGGAAGCCCAAAAACGCGUCAAACAAUUUGUGUCGAAAUGA